CCGGAUUGUUGAAAAUCAUUAAUUGAAUUCGUAAUAAGUAUUCGCGGUCGCGUUGACACCACGCUUCGUACUCUCUACCUCUGCACCUGAGUGUCGUUUGGCUGCUCCCCGCUAAGCGGACACCAAAUCACACGAGUUUGGGACUUUCGUGACGUCUGGAGUACAGCGCCAGAACAAGCUGAAAGAAGGAGGGAGAGACUACUUCAGAACAUGGCUUAUUGUUAUGGAUGGUUCGAGAUGCGUCGAACACCUUCGAAGGAGACCCUCUGUGCUAAUACGUUGUGCUGCUCGGUUGUAACAGCAUCCAUCUUCAGCUACAUGCUAGCUGAUUUAGCGGCACAUCAGGAUGUUCUGAAAGCGGUAAGAACCGAGAUUCGCAUUAGACAUGCAGCAAUUGGCCGAUGUUGGGAUAUGGCUGCGCCGAGCAACUUGGAUGACCUAGAGUCAUCCACGAAUGAGGCAGCGCGUUCGCUUCCAGUCCUUAAGAUGCCUGGGCACGAGCAUACGACGGACCCCGCGCCGUUCGAAACCCCCGAUUCCGGGCAAGCUUGGAGAUCACCGCGCUAAGGCUUGCCGGACUGGUGAUACGGACAUCUUUACCUGGGGUGCUGGGAGAGCGGCGUGUUGUGAUCAUUUCACUGCGGACGUUGCCGCUAGGACCCUUUCCAUUGGGCUUCCUGAUGAAUACGACUUCGCUCUGGUAGCUGGCAAGCCACUAGAGCACAGUAGGUACUAUAAUUAUUACUUCGUCUACUUCAACCUUACAAAUAAGCCUUAGACAGGAUUUGGCAGACAUUGGGUUCUAAAAAUCUUUGGGCUCAGUAGAAGACGACUUGACGAUGUUGGCUUCAAUAAAGAUGCAAAAUUUGACUAGUA